AGUCAAUAUAAUUCAAAUAUAAAUUUGGGUGCAAAGCGAUAUAAAAAUAUUUUUUUUUAUAAUAGAAUACGAGUUUUAAAUGCCACUUGAAAUGGAUAUAGAAUAUUUUCAGAUGUGGGCAGCCAGAUUGGGUUGUCCGCCGGAAGCAAUACCAACGCAAGAGGCUUUAAAAUCGAUUUAUAAAUCGCGCCAACGUGACUUAUUUUGUAAUUUAAUUAAGCGUGUAAGAUCUCGGCAAGAUGCUUGUGAGGUACGCGAAAGUAUACUUUUGAAGCGUUUGGAGAAACAAAAGGGUCAUAUGGUGUCGGCAUCGGCUCGAAUUUUUUUGCCCAAAGAAAUGCAAAUUUUUCUGAAAGUAGAGGAUCUUAUAAAGCACAAGGAAGACGUAGCAAUGCGUUUAGAUGAAUACAGAAAGGAAUAUGAGACUCUGGCUAUUAAUAUAAAAACAAAGAACAUCCAACACAUUAGCCUCCAGCAUAAGCAGAAAACUCAAGCAUCUCGCAUCAAUAUUUUAAAUUUUAAGUCUGUGGCUUUGCGGAAACAGAUUAAACAGGAGGAAAAUAAUAAAAAAUUAAUAAUUGCUACAAUGCCGGUGCGUUUGACAGUUAAAAACGCGAGUGAAAUUAUUGCCAUGGACGAAGUUAAACAAGCGCUUCGAGAUCUCGACGAUUUUUAUACAUUGUACAUAAAUCAGGGAAGCAGUCCUACCACCGUUCAGGAAGGAAAAGAUAUGCUGUGGGUGAAAAUGCGUGCUAUUUUCUCAAGAAUGCCUAAUUUUAUUUUCUUCAAUGUAAUAAUGCGUUUGAAGGAAGAACAACUUCAAUAUGUAAUAUCAUUAAUAUACAAAUCAAAUAAUGAGGACUCAGCAAGCCAUUCCUUCAGUGGAGUCGGCAGCAAGGACCCACUGUCUUCUUUUGACAUUAAACUUUUGCAAACCAAGGCAGAUCUUUUGGGCAUAGUUGUUAAAUACCUGUCCGCACGUAAAGAACGUAUUAUGCUAGAAGAAAAAUUCUCCGAUGCUUAUGGUCCCUUUGUAGACGAGUUAGAAAAGAAGGUCAAUCUAUUUAACGCCAAUACAAAUGAAAAUAUCAAUGAAACGAUAUCGGACUACCUGGUGCAGUAUAAUUUGCGCAAUUUCUCAAAAAGUCAAAAUGAUUUCAUAGCUCAACAAAUUGAACAAUGUAAAGCAGAUAUUGACUAUGGUGCUAGACAAUUGGAAAAUCACGAGGUUAUCCUGGGAUCUAUUAAACACGUUUAUAGUAACAUCAAUACAUCGAUUAAUAGAAUUCAAUAUGAAAUGUUGCAACUUGGUCAAAUCAAGGAAAAGAUUCUUUAUGCAAAAAAUAUGCUGAAACGUAUGGUAGAUGAUAUGCAAGUAUCCAUUGGUUCAGCUGUGGCUCCCAUUACUGGCGGAUGCAUGAAAUCCAAUUUCCUGCCAACGAAGCUUAAAGUUAACAACAAUAUAUCUACUAUUGGUGAUAGCUUUGAAAUGGGUGGUGGAGACAUGGUAUUCUGUAGCACGAAAUUAGACUUUGACUCCACCAUAAUGUCACUUAACGCAACUUCAGCAAAUAAUACUGGAACAUCGAGACGAAGUGCGGGAUGUGCGGAUACCACACUUAUGCCUGCGGCUGCCGGAUGCAACAACAACGAAACACGUUUCGUUCUACCACCAUACUCCAGUGAGUUAUCUACUUUCGCCGAAAUCCCAUUUGAAAAGUUUAGCUGUAUAACGAAAGAGUGCGCUUACCAUCUGUCACCCAAUCCAUUGAUCGUAGAAUCACGUGAACUUUCUUCUACAAUGCAAUUGGCGCCAGGCAGUCUACUGACAGCUUCAGGGGCUUUACAGGAAGUGCGUAAUCGUAUCAAAUGGGCGUGUUUAAUUGCCCAGCAUUCACUUGACUUGAAAUUGGAUUUGGAUUUGGUUAUGGUCGACGCGCAAAGCUGCAAACAAAAAAUCAAACAACACCGUGAGCAAAUUGAGGAAAUGCUGGACAAAAUAGAUGUAGUUAACAUAAACACGAAUCGAACACUGCAUAAACUUUCAAAGUUGUACGACUUUAUGCUUGCAAAUCCACUGCGCCACUAUAUUCCAGCUGAAAGAAAUUACAAUAAUCAAACAUAUGCGGAUUAUGAAGCCGAAUACCUAAUGUAUUAUCGUAUGGCUACCGUCGGUGCAUCCAUAAAAUGAUAGAUUUAUAUCUUAAUGCUAAUAUUAAAUUUUAAGUUCUAAAUAAAGAAGUU